AUGGCCUGGUCCUGGAGAAAAGCUGUUCCUGGUGGUGGCGAUGACCCAGCUUGGAGCCAGGAUCAGCCUGACAGUAAACGGAGGAAGGUGGAUGUGCCACAGGUGGAACAGGCAGAGAAGCAGGAUGUCACAGAUGAUGAAUGGGGCGAUGAUGAUUACACACAGGAUCAGUUGGAGGAGCUAGCUUUACUGGAUUCUCAAGCGGUCAUGCAGUUCAGUGCGCCCAGAGCUGACCAGCCCAGUGCGCCCAGAGCUGACCAGUCCAGUGGUUCUUUUGUUAUACCUGUUGGUGCUGCAAGAAGGUCAACAUCUUCCAGCUCCAACAGCUCGGCUGUUUCACAGUCUCUCCGGUCAGCUCAUGAAACCAGUACAUCUCUGUCCUCCCAUUCAUCAAGCAACGGUAAACUGGACACAUCUCUAGAGCUGGUACAUACUUUACAGGCCAGACUGGAUGAGGAGAAACGCAAGGCGCAAGAAGCGAAGAAUUGUUCUGACGGACAGGUCAAAACUCUGCGCGAGAAACUACAUAAGCAAGAAGAGGAGCUGGAGAAACUGAGGGCUUUGAGAGAUGAAAGUUAUGAGCAGCAGAAGCAGACGCUGACUGAGGAGAUUCACAAACUGAAGUCACAGUUGGGCAACUUGACCACACAGUCAUGCUUUAAGAGCUUGCAUGAACACUUGGACAAAUGGAAUGAUGGCCAAACUGUAUUGAUUCAGUAUCUUGAAAAGAUAUCAAGCAGGCAAAAAGUGAGCGUCAAACCCAGUCCCCCAAGUAAACUCAAGCAGCAGGAAGCAAGAGACUUGGCCAGCUCCAGGAAGACACAUUUCCCGACCACACAGACCUUCAUGGAGCAGAAUGUUGUGAAAACUUUCCCGCAGGCUUCACCUGACUGCCAUGUGUCACCAACCAAGUCAGUGUCCAGUGUCUGCUGUCAGACCUCAGGUAAGUACUGGAGCGGAAACAAGCCAGUCCAGCGCAGAUUACAUCUGAACACAGGAUCCUCUCAAGCUUUUGGAGAAAUGUCUGGGCCGCAAGUGGUGCGCCACCUUCUGCGGUUGAGUGAACUUGAAGCAUCGUCUGAAGAGAGGGUCCCUUGGGAUACAGGCCUGGCUGGUCUCCUGCAGGACAUGUCCACUUCACUGAAGAUUGCAGGUCUGACCUACAGCAGAGAGAAGGACUCCCAGUUUCUGCUGCCUCACAGACCCAAGAAGCACACACCAGGCAUCAGAUCAGCCAGUUCAGACACCAGUGAUGUCAUGGUCCAGAUCGUCACCCGUCAGAGCCUGCAGCUGGCCAUCGAAGGAAUCACACAGCUGCUACAGGACAGCAACGGUCACACAGGAAAAGGUCAGGGCUCAUUGUUGCUUCUGCUUAUUUCUGACGGGAGUAUAAAAAUAAACAAUCCAGCUGAAGCAGAAAUAGUUGCAGGUAAUCCAGGUACAAUAGAACCCAGCAGAGACACUACACAGGUUAAAAUGAGGUCUGCUGCGGGCUCAGUUCAACAUUCAGAGGACUCUACAGGUUGUCUUGACGCUAGCAAAAGAAGAGAAACUUCAAGAAAUGCUGGGGCUGUUUUGAUCCUGCCCUUGUUAACAAAUUACAUUCAGCAUUAUGUUGAUCUGGUUCAGUCGUCUUCUGGAAGAGUAGUUAGGACAUUAAACACUAGUGGAACAGAAGGGAUCCCCUCACCACAAAGUCUAGACUCCAGCACUGCCUCAAGUUUUGAAACUCUCAGCAGUCACCUGGGGUUGCUGCUGCAGGAAGGGAGGGUGUAUGCCAGCAACAUCGAGGGGUGUGCUGUUACAGCUCUGCGCUGUUUGGCUAGACUCGUCUACUUGUGUCCGGCUGUGAGGCAUGCCCUGGUCAUGGCAACACACCCUGGUGUGACACCAAUUUUGAGCAUGGUGAAGAUCGGUGGCAACAGAUCAAGCAGUUCAUCGACUACGGAGACUGAAACUGAUCAGAGCAAAAAAAGCUCCUCAAGUGCAGACGCAGAUGAUGAAAGUAGCUCCACUUCUUCGGAGAUCAGAAUAAUUAAAACUGACGGCAACCAGUCCAAUCAGUCUAUGAACUCUGGCAGCCACCAGCUGGACACCCGGGUCAACUGUUCCUUAUUCCACCUGGUCUUGACAUUGGCAGGUCAGGAUGUGCAGCAUGGUCAGUCAAACCCAGAAGUGGUCAGCUUAGCCUUGAGGAUUCUGACAUGCCUGUGCCAGCGCAGCACCAAGGAACAGUUGCCCAGGUUGGAGCCAGUCAUCACCAGAGAGAUCUUGUCCAGAUGUUUCCAACAGACAAAGCAGACCCCAGUUCUUGUGCAUGCUGUGAGACUCCUGCUUUCAUUGGCCAGGUGUAAAACUUUGCUGGUCAAGUUGUGCACACAGUCUGAAAGCUGCCCUUUCUAUUUGAUGCACAGAGCUUGUUCCUUGAAAGCUGAAGGCAUGUUUGAGCUGCAGAGAGAGUAUGUGAUGUGUCUGUCCAGCAUUAUCUCCCACCACAGGUCAGGAUUACAUUUCCUGCUGUCUAACUCCUGUCCGUGCAGAGACCAGCUUGUGGCAGCAGUCAUCCUGUGCUUAUACAAUCUGCUGUCUACAUACACGACUGCCAAGGUUGGUCACCAGCCACAGAUACUGCAGACCUUGGCUCAAGGGAUCUCCCUGGUGCAGACGCUGGCCCAGGCUGACCGCCUCUUUGCUCAGCAUUGUGCGCCAGCUCAUCACCAGUAUGUCAGACUGAUCACUGGCCUCUCGUCCCUGCUCAAGUCACAGCCAGAGACCUGGGAACACUACUUGCAGUUGAUCGAUGAACUCAAUGAAUUCGAGACAGACAGUUCUGAUAGCUCCCAGGAGAGUGCGGAUGAUGACAGAAUGGACCAGUCUUGA